AUGGGAAGAGUUACAAGUCGAAAUGUGGAUGGAUUGCCAUUGAAAAGUAACGAUAAGUUGACAGAUGCUGCAUUAUUAACGCCAAUGUUACGGCGUAUUCAGUUCAAGAAAACGACGAAAUUUGUGAAACAAUUCGUAUUGUUCUUAUCACGUUUCGCUAUUAUUAAAGGUGGUAAUGCACUGUAUCAGGCAUUAGAAUCGAUUCAGAGU